AUGUUUCGUCUAUUUCCAUCGUUCCUUAGCUGUGAACAAAAGAUCUUAUCUGUGUCUGCUCGCACUUUAAUGCUACAAGAACAUCAUGGAAUGGCAUUACUUCAGAAGGAGAAUAUCAACGUUCCUCCAUUUGGUGUCGCAAAGACAGCAGAGCAAGCUAGAGAUCAUGCGGAACGAAUAGGUGGCAAGGAUUAUGUGAUCAAAGCACAGGUUUUGGCCGGUGGACGAGGCAAAGGACGAUUCGAUUCAGGUCUUCAGGGCGGAGUUCAAAUUGUUUUCACGCCAGAUGAAGCGAUGGAGAAGGCGAGGAUGAUGAUUGGCGCCAAUCUGAUCACAAAGCAAACAGAUCAUCGAGGAAAACUUUGCGAAGAAGUGAUGGUUUGCAAGCGUCUUUUCACACGUCGUGAGUACUACUUCUCGAUAACUCUGGAUAGAAACACCAGCGGACCGAUUUUGAUCGGUUCGUCGCGAGGUGGAGUGAAUAUCGAGGAGGUGGCCGCCACUGAACCUAAUGCUAUUAUCAAAAUUCCAAUUGAUAUGAGCGUCGGCGUAACGACCGAAAUCGCUGCAGAUAUGGCUGAUCGAAUGGGUUUCCAGGGUGACUGCUCAAAGCAAGCUGCUGAUAUAAUAUUCAAACUGUAUGAGCUAUUUCGUCAUACUGAUGCCACUCUUGUGGAAAUCAACCCUAUGGCUGAAGAUGUCAACGGAAAUGUCUAUUGUAUGGACUGCAAGAUCUUGUUGGAUACCAAUGCCGAAUUUCGUCAGGAAGAGUUGUUCAAACUCAAGGAUUCUAAACAAGAGGACCCUCUGGAGAUUCGUGCCGCUGCAGCGAAUUUGAAUUACAUUCGCCUUGAUGGUAACAUUGGAUGCAUGGUGAACGGUGCUGGCCUAGCUAUGGCCACUAUGGACAUUAUCAAGCUUCACGGUGGAGAGCCUGCAAAUUUCCUCGAUGUGGGAGGGGGUGCUACAGUUGAUCAAGUUACGGAGGCAUUCAAAAUAAUUACGGCAGAUGAAAAGAAGGUAAAUGCCAUCCUUGUCAAUAUUUUUGGUGGUAUAAUGCGCUGCGACGUCAUCGCUCAAGGAAUAAUCAAAGCGGCAAAGGAACUGAAUCUGAAAAUCCCAAUUGUUGUUCGACUCCAAGGAACGAAAGUUGAAGACGCCAAAGCUCUUAUCGCGACAUCUCAACUCAGAAUCCUUCCCUGUGACAACCUAGAUGAGGCCGCUAAAAUGGUGGUGAAAUUAUCCGACAUCGUUCAUUUGGCGCGUGCUGCACAGAUUGAUGUCAAGUUUGAAUUAUCGAUUUGA